UAUGUCAAUCCUUCGUGCUCUUGCAAAUGUCAGAGCACGACCUACAGUGUUCCUGGGCAAGAAGGCCGUUGCUCAGCUCUCUAGGGGCUACGCGACUUCCACCGAAGGGUUGAAACGGACGGGCCUUUACGAUUUUCAUGUUGAGAAUGGGGCCAAGAUGGUACCCUUUGCUGGCUACUCGAUGCCUCUCUCGUAUGGCGAUGUUGGUCAAGUUGCAAGCCACAACCAUGUUCGCAAGAGUGUAGGUAUUUUCGAUGUGGGCCAUAUGGUCCAGUCAAGUUUCCGGGGAAAGACGGCUACUGAAUUUUUAGAAUGGCUCACACCUUCGUCACUUUCUACCCUCAAACCCUACUCAUCAACUCUCACUGUACUCCUCAACGAGAACGGCGGCAUCAUUGAUGACACGAUAGUCACCAAACACGCGGCGGACGCGUUCUAUGUUGUUACGAACGCGGGAUGCCGAGACAAGGAUUUGGCGUGGUUCCAACAAAAGCUGGCCGAGUGGAACUCCAGCGACAAGGGAAAAGAAGGCCCCGUCGAGCAUGAGGUGCUGGAGAAUUGGGGUCUUCUCGCCCUUCAAGGGCCCGAGGCAGCAUCAUAUCUCCAAAGUCUAACCUCCUUUGACCUCCGACAAUUGACGUUCGGCACAUCUGCGUUUGUCCCAGUGGAGGGUUUCAACCUCCAUGUCGCCCGCGGUGGAUAUACCGGCGAAGACGGGUUCGAGAUCUCUAUCCCUCCAUCCCAGACGGUUGAAGUCGCGAAACUUUUGUCGAAGCCGCCAGUGCAGCUCAUUGGCCUCGGCGCGCGGGACUCCCUGCGCCUUGAGGCUGGCAUGUGCCUUUACGGUAACGACUUAAAUGAAACGACAACUCCUGUAGAAGCUGGUCUUUCAUGGGUAAUCGGGAAAGACAGACGGGAAACCGGAGGAUUCGUCGGAGCUGAGACCGUCUUACGACAGUUGAAAGAAAGUCCUUUGAGGCGCCGCGUGGGCCUUGUCGUUGAGGGUGCUCCAGCGCGUGAGGGUACUAAGAUUUUUGCUCCUUCCGGAGAAGAAGAGCUAGGUGUAAUUACCUCGGGCAUUCCCUCGCCUACUCUCGGAAAGAAUAUCGCGAUGGGAUACAUCAAGUCAGGGUGGCACAAGAAGGGCACCGAAGUUGCGGUCGAAGUUCGCAAACAGCUGCGCAAGGCAGUACUAACCCCCAUGCCAUUCUCUAAACCCAACUAUUGGAGGGGUUA